GAAUAGUAAAGCCGCACUUUUUCAGAAUAACGCUAGGUACGUUUGUCAGGGUCCCAUUGCAACAAGUAGUACUAGCCAACCGCUUGUGCUCGGUUUUACUUUCUGCUCUCCAUAAAAGAAUGUGAAUUAUGCUAGCUUAGACCGAUAUAAAUUCAUCCCGCUUUCUACUUUGUCGUUAACUAGCCAACUAACUGAAAUGUGUAACAAUGUUUAAAAUUUCGGAUGACAAAAAAAACUGCAUGAGACUUUCUAAUAUUCUUAUCUGAUUGUCGCAGUGUAUGAUGACUGUAAUUUUUCUGAAGUAUCCAGACCGGAUAGGAUCUUUGUUUUGGGAAUCCACAUCACAAACUUUAAACCUCAGUAAUUAAUCAUAUCGGACCAGUAGCAAUUUUUAUAUCACCUGGUUCCUAGGAACUAAAUAGUCAAUUAGGCAUUGUUCAACUCAAAUUCAAGUUUAUCUACUCAGAAAUCUAGGACAUUUUUAUUGGCGAUGAGAGUCGCUUGAGUAAACACACUGAUAACUACUGUUAUGGAAGAUUUUAUUAUUUGUAAUAAGGGUAUGUGGAUUGUUAGACAAACAGUGCUGAAUAAUCAAUGGACUCGAAUGUUACGGUGUGGUCGAGUAAUAGACACUUAUGAGAGAAGACUAUUGACACGAACACCUAAAUAAACUGCUAUCCAAAACAGGGGUAUCAGCUGCAAAGCGUAUUUUCGUUAGCCAUGAUGGACUCCAGAGAUGAAGUUGUCUUAGCUUUGACAGAUGAUAUGGAUACCGGAUCAUCUUCGGACGGACCUCAUAGCCCAUCGACACGACGCUCAGCUGUAAUCGGUCAUUUCCUCUUCCGUUCUUCUGCUUUGAUUAUAUAUAUACUGUGCGCUUGGUUUACAACGUCUUUCGUUCUUCCGUUUAUCUUUAUACUUGUUUGCUUAUCACUCGAUUUUUGGGUUGUAAAAAAUAUUUCUGGACGCAUCUUAGUUGGUUUACGUUGGUCGAGUUAUACUGAUGACGCCGGAGUGGUACAUUGGCGAUAUGAUUCACGUAAACCUUCACCUAUAGAUUCUGCUGAUGUUUCUUCCCUUAGUCGACGUGAAUUAGCCGCUCGUAUGGCUAGACAACAAUUAUCUCGUUUAUUUUGGAUUGGUUUAAUUGCAAGUCCAGCAAUAUGGUGUUUAUUUUUCUUGGCGUCAUUAUUUUCAUUGCAUAUUCGUUGGGCUUUUGUCUGUACCAUUGCUUUGUGUAUGAAUAUAGCAAAUGUUUAUGGUUAUAUUCGUUGUUGGAUGUCUAAUAUGAAUGAAAGUGAAUCAAAUAUUUUGAAAGUAAUCAAAUCUACAGCAACUAGAAAAAUGUCUAAUUUAUGGCCUUUGUCUCAAACUAAAUCCAAUUUAAAUAACACAUCUGGAAAUGGUCUACCAUUAGUUGCCUAACAAACAAACACACAUCUCACGUAUUCCUCUAUACAUAAUGUAAAAAAAAAGAGACUAAGUAAAUAUGUUCUGAUUUUUAACUGUGAUAUAACCAUGUAAUUGCACAUUAUUUCUGCUUAUACUUCUUACACUUCUCGUUUUAUCGGAUAUUUGAUAUCAUAAAAGGAAACAAUAUAUGGUGUAAAUGUAAUGUCAAACAUGUAGGUACUUGGAAAAGAACAGUGUAUAUUUUCUAUUUAGAUUAAUGUAAUCAAUUGUUUCCAUUGUGUGAGAUGAAUUCAAUUUUUAAUAUUGCUAAUUGAAUAUGUUUCCUAAAUAAAUAAACAUCUACUUAGUUACAGAAAGAAAAAAAAAUAUUCAUCAGGCUUUUGAAAGUAAAGUACUUAAUUCAGUCAUCAAUAGGAUUGGUAAACAAUCCAUAUGUUAAUAGUUUUUGAUGAUGCAAGUUUUCUCUUUGAUUUCAAAUUCUUGUUAUGAUUAUUUCCAGUUUACUUGUAUUUGGGUUUUCAUGUAACAAGUGUUUAUUCCUCCCCCUA